AUGUCCAGUAGAUUGAAGAAGAUUCUCUCAAAGUUGAUAUCAGAAAAUCAUAAUGGUUUCACUCUAGGAAAAGAGACCAUGGACAACAUUGUUCUCGUGAUGGAAGUGCUUCAUUCAAUGGUCAAGGAAAAAGUGAAAGGUAUGGCCAUCAAAUUAGACGUAUCCAAAGCCUAUGAUAGGGUUAUUUGGAACUUUCUAAUUCAUGUCUUAAGGAAAUUUGGUUUUGACUAUAAUUGGAUAGAUUGCGUCAAGUUUUGUAUUUCUAUUGUAAGCUUUUCUCUAUUGGUGAAUGGUUCGGUUUGUGGAUUUUUUGAGGCUACUAAUGGUUUGAGACAAGGCGAUCCGCUGUUUCCUUUUCUUUUUGUGCUGGUAGCUGAAGUGUUGAGUAACAACAUAAAAAAUCGUAGCAGGAUGGGUCUGUGGAGGGGCAUUAGAGUCCAUCCUCAAAUUGAGCCUAUCACUUACUCUCAAUUUGUAGAUGAUACACUCUUCUUUGGAGUGGCCUCGAUGGAGGAGGUGAUAGCCAUUAAGGACACUCUAGAUGAAUAUGCGACCGCCUCUGGUCAUUUUAUGAAUAAGGAGAAAUCACAUAUUUACUUCCUAAACACAAGCAAGUAG